GCAGAGACAGGAGGAUCUUUGUGAGUUCAAGGCCAUCCAGGGUGUUACACAGAGAAACCCUGACUCUAAAAACAAAAUUUAGUAGUUAAUUACUCUGCAUGGUCAUUCUAGAGAAAACCCUGUAAUGUCAGGCACCCAGGCAGCUACCCUUAUUUAAGAGAAAACAGACAGUAGAGACAGAAGGAGGGGGGAACCCAGGUAAAGGUGGAAGGAGACAAUUGUCUGCACAGUGUUGUCCUCUGACCUCCUUGUGGGGACAUGCAUCCCUCCACUCCCACCCUACACAAGAUAAUUAUAGAAUUUAAAAGCUAACUGUAAAAAUAAAAGUAUCUAAUCAAACAUCAAGUCCACAGAUAGUCUCACUCCUUGAGGCUUAGGAAAUCCCAGAGGCGAGCACCUCAGCCUUUUGGUGAUUUCCGGAGCUUGUGAAUGUGUUCUACACUUGUCAAUGAUUAAAGAACUGUUUAGUGCCGCUGUUAAGGACUGUUUGCUUGUAGCAAUACACUUGAACUUGCAAGGCUCAGAAGUCUCCCUCCCUCCCCACAGUCUGCAAGUGCUUACAAGAAUGCGAAGUCACAGCGAUCAAAGGACCCAAGGUUGUGCUGAACACACGCAGAGCCUUGCAUACACUUGGGCUGUCUGGAGGCAGCCUGAGCUGAGAUAAAGGAGCUUCAACAACAAAGUGUCAAGGUUCCCUGUCUCCAGAGCCUCUUCUGCGGGGACCUGUAGGAAGAGAGACCUUCAAACAAAAAGUGCAGCCAGCUUCCCCUUGCAAAAUUCGGAUUUUUGUUUGUUUUUCGAGAUAGGAUUUCUCUGUGGCUUUGGAGGCUGUCUUGGAACUAGUUCUUGUAGACCAGGCUGGUCUCAAACUCACAGAGAUCCACCUGCCUCUGCCUCCGGAAUGCUGGGAUUAAAGGCGUGUGCCACCAAUGCCCAGCUUCGGGAUCAUUUUUUAUAUCUAGUUAAAGAAAAUGUUCUGUUCCAAAUGCUGUGAAACGGACUUAAUAACAUUUAGCACUAAACCCAUCUUUUAAAAUAUCUGUCUCAGUGGUAAAGGACCUGCCUUGUACAACCACCAUUGUCUAUCUCCAAAACUCAACUCCGCAGGAAAAAUUCUGUUGUCAUUGACCCACAACUUCUACGAUUCCUCCCCAAGCCUCCAGCCAUCAUUCUUUUCUGCUUUUAUGAGUAUAGGUUCCUUAUAAGUGGAACCACACAGUAUUUAUCUUCUGAUAUGGUCAUUUCCCGUAGCAUAAUGUCCCCAAGGUCCGUCCAUCCUGCAGUGUAUAUCAGACUUCGUCCCCCCUUUCAGGUUGGAUAAUGUUCUCCGUUUUGCAUUUUGUUUGCCCAUCUCUCUGGGCCGUCUCCACCUUUUGUAGUUUUGUGAAUAGCAUUGCUGUAGGCAGCUGGUACUCAGACAAGCAGCAUUUUAUGGUGUUUGGAACCCUGCCUCUUCUCCUCAGUCUCCUCCUCCAUGUAUUGUUACUGUAGCUGAGUCAGCCAUCCGGUGUGAAGAUAAUUUUUACCCCCAACCCCAUUUGCCCUUUAUUCCUUGGCUGGGCAAAGUCCUGCCAGGUUUAUUUAUAAGCCAUUCAAAGCUCAUUAGCAAACCACCGCGCUCAGCAAGUCAACUUUCCAACUCGGUCCCUCCCGAAAAGCACCAGGAAAAGGGGCACGAAGUAGACAUGAAUGAGGACAAAAGCAAAAGAGACUCCAUCCAGAUGAGUAUGAAGGGGUGCCGGACGAACAACGGGUUUGUCCAGAAUGAAGACAUCCCAGAGCAGGAGCCAGGCUCCAGGGACACCCCACAGCCCAAUGCUGUGAGUAUCCCUGCUACAGACGAGCCCCACCCCAAGGCCCUGCGGCCCUAUGCGGGGAUGCCCAAGGAGGUGCUGUUCCAGUUCUCCGGCCAGGCUCGCUACCGGGUGCCCCGGGAGAUCCUCUUCUGGCUCACCGUGGUGUCUGUGUUACUGCUCAUUGGUGCCACCAUAGUUAUCAUCGCCAUCUCUCCAAAAUGCCUUGACUGGUGGCAGGCAGGUCCCAUGUACCAGAUCUAUCCAAGAUCUUUUAAGGACAGCGACAAGGAUGGGAAUGGAGACCUUAAAGGCAUCCAAGAAAAGCUGGACUACAUCGCCUCUUUACACGUAAAGACUAUUUGGAUCAGUUCCUUUUAUAAGUCGUCUCUGAAAGAUUUCAGAUAUGGCAUUGAGGACUUCCAAGAAAUUGAUCCUGUUUUUGGAACAAUGAAAGAUUUUGAGAAUCUGGUCGCCGCCAUCCAUGACAAAGGUUUAAAGUUAAUCAUUGACUUCAUACCCAACCACACCAGCGACAAACAUCCUUGGUUUCAAUCGAGUAGAACACGGAGCGGGAAAUACACUGAUUACUACAUCUGGCACAACUGCACCCAUGAAAAUGGUGUAACCAUUCCUCCCAACAACUGGCUGAGUGUGUAUGGGAACUCCAGUUGGCACUUUGAUGAAGUACGAAAGCAAUGUUAUUUUCACCAGUUUUUGAAAGAGCAACCUGAUUUAAAUUUCCGAAAUCCUGCUGUUCAAGAGGAAAUAAAGGAAAUAAUACAGUUUUGGCUCUCGAAGGGUGUUGAUGGCUUUAGUUUUGAUGCGGUUAAAUUUCUUCUGGAAGCAAAGGACCUGAGAAACGAAAUCCAAGUAAAUACAUCCCAAAUUCCGGACACGGUCACCCACUAUUCAGAGCUCUACCACGACUUCACUACUACUCAAGUGGGAAUGCAUGACAUUGUCCGGGACUUCAGACAGACCAUGGAUCAGUACAGCAGGGAGCCUGGCAGAUACCGGUUCAUGGGGACAGAAGCCUCAGCAGAGAGCAUUGAGAGGACCAUGAUGUACUAUGGCUUGCCAUUUAUUCAGGAAGCUGAUUUUCCUUUCAACAAUUACUUUGCCACACUGGACAGCCUUUCUGGGCACACUGUAUAUGAAGUCAUCAUAUCCUGGAUGGAGAACAUGCCAGAAGGGAAGUGGCCUAAUUGGAUGACUGGUGGACCAGAGGCUACCCGGCUGACCUCUCGCUUGGGGAACCAGUACAUCAACGCUAUGAAUAUGCUUCUUUUCACACUCCCAGGGACACCCAUAACUUACUAUGGAGAAGAAAUAGGGAUGAGAGAUAUUUCCAUUACAAAUUUCAACGAAAGAUAUAAUACUAAUACCCUUCUGUCAAAGUCACCGAUGCAAUGGGACAAUAGCUCAAAUGCUGGGUUUUCUGAAGGCAAUCACACUUGGCUACCCACAAAUUCUGACUACCUCACUGUAAAUGUGGAAGUCCAAAAGACCGAACCAAGUUCAGCGUUGAGGCUGUAUCAGGAUUUAAGUCUACUCCACGCCAGAGAGCUGCUUCUCAAUAGGGGCUGGUUUUGCCUUUUGAGUGUUGAUAGUAACUUUGUUGUGUACACAAGAGAGCUGGAUGGCAUAGAUAAAGUCUUCAUUGUGAUUUUGAAUUUUGGAGAAUCAUCAACUCUGCUAAAUCUACAGGAAAUCAUCUCAGGUCUUCCUACGAAACUUAGAAUAAGAUUAAGUACUAACUCGGCCUCCAAAGGCAGUGAGGUUGACACACAAGCCAUUUCUCUGGAGAAGGGAGAAGGACUCAUCUUGGAACACAGCAUGACGACUCUCCACCACCACCAAGCAGCUCUCAGAGACAGAUGCUUUGUCUCCAAUCGUGCAUGCUAUUCCAGCACACUGGACAUUCUGUAUACCCUGUGUUAGGGGUCUCCAUUUAUGGGAUGGCCACCU